UAACCACCCUUACUUUACCGCGAAAUCUAGCUUUACUAGGUCUCAUGAACAUAGCCGUUAAUUCAUACUGUUCAUAUCUAAGACAAAAUUUCAAACACAUAGCAUCAAUCAUCUUAACAAGACAUUAUUCUAUGUUUUCUUCAGGCCAAAACCUAAUUUCUCAGUUACAAUCAUGUAAGCAAAUCUCUGAAAUCAAACAAUUUCAUGCCUUAAUGGUCAAAACAGGUCAAGAUCAAAUUCCUUUUACGCUUAGCAAACUUCUUGCAUGUUCAAUCCAAUACACAAACUAUGAAGCUUCAAUUUUUAAAUACAUACAAAGCCCAAAUCUUUAUAUGUAUAAUAUUAUGCUUCGUAGUUAUUCAAUAAGUGAUGACCCACAGAAGGGUCUUUUGUUUUUCAACUACAUGAGGGCACAAAGUGUAAUUCUUGAUCAAUUUGCUUUUGUUUCUGGACUUAGAUCUUGUAUACGAUUAUUGGCGAAAUGGACUGGAGAAGCUAUUCAUUCAGUCAUUUUGAGAUCUGGCUUUGAAUUUUUUCUUGAUUUGAGGAAUACCCUUUUGAAUUUUUAUUGUGUUUCUGGGAGAAUCCGUUGUGCCCACCAACUAUUUGAUGAUUUUUCAGAUAGAGAUUUGGUGAGUUGGAACACUUUGAUGGGUGGUUAUCUUUGUGUACAUAAUUAUCCUGCUAUUUUGGAAUUGUUUGUAGAAUUGCACAGGGAUGGUGUUUCUGCUAGUGCCACGACGAUGUUGUGUGUUUUGUCUGGGAUUGGUGAGUUAAAGAUUGCUUUGGUAGGGGAAUCCCUGCAUGGGUGUUGCAUAAAGAAUGGAUUUUGCUAUAGUGUGAAGGUGCUAACUGCCUUGAUUUCUAUGUAUGGAAAGAUGGGUUGCAUUAGCUCGGGCCGUAGUCUAUUUGAUGAAGCUUAUCCUAAAGAUGUUGUCUUGUGGAACUGUUUGAUAGAUGGAUAUGCUAAAAAUGGCUUGCUAGAAGAGGCAUUGUCUCUAUUGAGGCAAAUGAAGGUUCAAAGAUUGAAGCCAAAUUCAUCAACCUUGGCAGGUUUGCUUUCUGCUUGUGCUUCCUCCGAGGCUCUCAAUACGGGUCAUUGUAUUCAGAACUUCGUAGAAGAUCAGCAAUUAGCUAUGGAUCCAGUUCUUGGGACAUCAUUGAUAGAUAUGUAUACUAAAAGUGGCUUGCUUGUGAAGGCAGUUAAUGUUUUUGACAGUAUGGAGACCAAAGAUGUGAAGUGUUGGACAUCAAUGAUAAUGGGUUACGGGGUACACGGGGAGGCAGAAGCUGCUGUUGCGCUCUUCCAUAGAAUGGAGGAUGAAGGUUUUUGGCCUAAUGAAGUGACUUUCUUGGCUGUAUUCAAUGCUUGUAGCCAUGGAGGACUGGUGGCUGAGGGCAUCAGCUGUUUUAGAAAAAUGGUGCUGGAAUAUGGCUUGACUCCUAAAAUUGAGCAUUAUGGAUGUUUGAUUGAUAUCUUAGGCCGUGCUGGAUUGCUUGAGACAGCACAAGAACUGAUAAAAGGUUUACCCAUUGAGGGGGAUGCUACUGCAUGGCGUGCGUUACUAGCAGCAUGCAGAGUCCAUGGUAGUGUUGAGCUGGGAGAACAAGUGAAGAAAGAACUAGAACAGAGAUUCGGCGAACAUCCUGCUGAUUCCCUACUUCUGAGCAGUACUUAUGCCAUCGCUGGGAUAAUGCCCGAGCAGAGAGAUAUAACAGAGGUGAAGGAAGGUAAAUUAGAAAAAGAAGUUGAAUGUUCUCUCCCUGGGAAGAAGGAAGCUGGAUGUAGCGCAAUUGAAUUAUGUGAUAAUAGCCAGGUUUUUCAUAGCCAAGCUGAAGUACCCUAGUUCAUAAAGAACCCUGCCUUUGGCUGCCAUAACAAAGUUUUGAUUUUCAGUUUAAAAGUUGCUUCUCAUUCUUUCCGACAGAGGAGUGCUUUGGCAAGUGGCCGAUCAAUUAUUCUUUGUACUAAUUUGGAAUAACUACGACAGAAAAUCCAUUCAUUCAACAUACAGAUAUAAGAUGAAUCUGCACAAGCAGCAGGCAUGGCACUAAAAGGAGUAAUUUUUUUGUUUAAGAUGGUGUUACGCAGACUAACUUACACUUAGUUCAACUAAUUCUUCAGGUAGUCUGUUUUUGCCUACAAAAGCAAGUGCAGGGUAGCAACAGCAAGAGAGCUGCCCACAAACGCAAGGGCGGGGUAAUAACAGAAAGAGAGCUCACAUACAACUCUCAAAUCAAUGUCAUCAGCAUCAAUAUGUGAUCCUGCUUAUUAUGCUAAAUAACAUCUUAGCAUAAAAAUUAUCAAAUAACAUUUAUAUGUUAAGAGUAGACUGCUGUUGACAGGAAUGACACAAGUGGGGGAACCAUCCCUGAAUGCCAGUUUGAAAAUUUUCACCACCUGCAGCUGCAAGUGGUAUCUGAUUCAUAUAUCUGGAAAUGGAGACGGAUCAUCUAGCAGGUUGAACCCGUUGCUUUCACCUCAAAACAUGUAAACAUAAUUUCAUAGCAUCAGUGAUCAAUGGGGAAGGCUGUGGAUCCAAACAUGCAUGCUGUUCAUAUUCCUCAAAAACUAAUGUUCUUUUUAUCCUGCAAGAAAGCAAAUUAACGGUUUCUAUGUCAUUAUGGUAGGGUGAAAUAAUAGAGUUGAAUCGGCAGCACCUGGUUCCCAAGGCUUUGCCCUAGCAUCUACCAUGUCCUGGCCAACCAGUAAUUAAUGGCAAGGCCGCAGCUUUUCUUUGUAACAAAUGAAAGGAAAUCAUAUUCAUAUUCCUUUUUCCUUUCCUUUCUAGUGGAGCUUGGAACAAGUAAGCAGAGGCGAAUUCAGAAUGUAUAGUUAUAGUGGGUUCAAAAUUUGUAUUAUACACUAUGUUCUUUUUCUUAUUGUUUAUUUUGUCUUUGGGAUUGUAAUCAUCUUAA